AAAUUGGCAGGCAGCAACAGUCGGCGUGUCUGACGAUGUUCUUUUCUGCUGCUCUAUGACACCCCUUCCCUCCUCCAGACCACCCAAAACCCUAUAAAUACAUGGAGCAUCCCGUUCUUGCUCAGACUUCCUCAGACUUCAGCCAGGAAGCCUGUUGAGAAGGCAAGCGGUGGGUGAUAAGGGAACGAGAGGGAGGGAGAGAGACAGAAAGCAGGUGGAGGAGCAGAAGAAAGAAGAGGAGGAGGAGAGAUGGCCAGCGAAUUCAAGAAGAAGAUCUUCUGGAGGGCCGUGGUGGCCGAGUUUUUCGCCAUGAUCCUUUUCAUCUUCAUCAGCAUCGGCUCGGCGCUGGGCGUCAAGUUCUCCGUGCCAGCCAACUCGACCACGACGCCCCCCCAAGACAACGUGAAAGUCUCGCUGGCCUUUGGGAUCGCGAUCGCAACCAUGGCCCAAAGCGUGGGCCACAUCAGCGGCGCCCACCUGAACCCGGCGGUCACCCUGGGCCUGCUUCUCAGCUGCCAGAUCAGCAUGUUCCGGGCCUUCAUGUACAUCCUUGCCCAGUGCCUGGGCGCUAUCGUGGCCACGGCGAUUUUGUCAGGAAUCACCUCUUCCAGAGUAUCCAACCUGGGGCUCAACCAGCUGGCCGACGGGCUCAAUUCAGGACAAGGCCUCGGCAUUGAAAUAAUUGCCACUUUGCAGCUGGUGCUCUGCGUUCUUGCCACGACAGACAGGAGGCGGACCGAUGUCACCGGAUCGGCACCGUUGGCCAUUGGCCUUUCCGUGGCCCUGGGGCAUCUUCUUGCUAUUGACUACACCGGUUGUGGAAUUAAUCCUGCCAGAUCUUUUGGAUCAGCUUUGAUCGCCAAUGAUUUUGCUAAUCACUGGAUCUUUUGGGUUGGUCCGAUCAUUGGCGGGGCCGUGGCCGCCCUGAUUUAUGAGUUCAUCCUGGCUCCGCGGACUGGCAACGUAACCAGCCGCAUGAAGGUGUGGACCAGUGGCCAUGUGGAAGAAUACGACCUUGAUGCUGAUGACUCCAGAGUGGAGAUGAAACCCAAAUAAAGGGAAACGAUGGAGAGAAGAGACGCAACAAGACAUUUCUGAAGAUUUGUAUCCGUAUUAUAGACUCUUUGUAAAGCAACACACCGUUCUUCCAAAAGUUUUUAUAGAGUUUUCCUUCUGUUUUUUUUUUUCUCCCGUUCUUUCCAGACUUUAGACCUGUGGUGCCCAGAGAGAAAGAAAAAAUACGAGUGUGGUUGAUGAUUCUAUUUUCAUGCAGAAAUGGCAGAGAGAGCUUGUGUGCAACAAUUCUAGAUGCUUGAAUUUCUCUUUAUCCAAAGGGACCAACUUCUCCUAAAAAAGAGUGCCAGAUGGUCGUCUUUGGAUCUGUUACAGACACAGUCCAAAGGGGAGACCACUGAAAUAGCAUAUUUUGCCCCUUGUGGAAAAAAAGUGGAAAGUAAUGUUUGUCCCUUCUGGAAAGUAUAUUUAGCCAUCCCCUGAUCGAAACUGGCAGAAGGCAAACUGUUUUUUUUUUCUGUCCUAGAGAUCCAAUUUAGAUGCCAUCAACCAGGGUGUUCUCCUAUUCAAGCAUCAUCAAAAUGAAUGGCAGUCAUGCAGAAGUGGUCGUAAAACUCCUGUUUAUUCCCGCAGAGGAGAGCUUUCUGGUAGAUGGAGCUAUUCAGCAUUUUGUACAUAAUUCACGAUAUGGGACAAGCCAAAUGCUACUCUUGUCUAUUAACAAACAUUUGUCAUCAUGGUGCAUCGUUAAUUCUAUUGCAUGUAAAAAGCUGCCAAAACCAGGAAAUGUUUACAUCGUUUUAUACAUAUAUACUCCCUAUCUGUACAUACCCACCCAUGUAGCCAUUUCUUAAAGAAAAGGGAAUGAUGACUAAACUGAAAUACGAGAGCAGAAAUUAAAACAAACAUUUGCACAGCUUUUAAAUCCGUUAAGAACAAUUAGAACUCCAAUUGUGAUUGAAAUCAGAUUUAAAGUCCUACUGUUUAAACUUUUGCUUUGAUGGGUAUUUAACAUAAAAUAUUAAAUAUUGUCAACGAACUCUAAGCAUCUGUAUUAAAUUUUAGCUUGCCAAAGUCAA